CGUUCUGCCUGCUUCUUGUCCUUCUCGCUGUCUGCCAUGGCUUCUGCUGCUACUGCCUCUCCUGAACUCCAAUACUCUGAGCUUGUUGGAAUUGACAACUUGCCCAUCCAGAGAUACAAGAUUGUCUCCAAGAAGGGUGCUACCUUCACUCUCAUGGUCGCUGGGGAAUCUGGUCUAGGGAAAACCACUUUCAUUAACACUUUGUUUCAAACUUCCUUGAAGAACCACAUUGAAAAUUCUGCUCGUCACCAAAAGGGAAUUCAUGCAACUGUUGAAAUCGAUGUCGUUAGAGCUGAAUUGGAAGAAAAAAACUUCAAAAUCAGACUAAACGUCAUUGACACUCCAGGCUUUGGUGACAAUAUCAACAAUAAAAACUCUUAUCAAUCUUUAAUUGACUUUAUUGAUGAUCAACACGACUCCUAUAUGAAACAAGAACAACAACCUUCAAGAAACAAUAUCCACGAUUUAAGAGUCCAUGCAUGUCUAUAUUUCAUUAGACCAACUGGCCAUUCCUUGAAACCUUUGGAUAUCGAAUGCAUGAAAAAACUAUGCACAAGAGUCAAUUUAAUUCCUGUCAUUGCAAAGGCUGACACUUUAUCUCCAAAGGAAAUGUCAGAUUUCAAACAAAGAAUAAGAGCCGUCAUUGAAGCUCAAGACAUCAAAAUUUACUCUCCUCCAAUCGAUCUAGAUGAUCAAACUUCCGCUGAACAUGCAAAGGAUUUGAUUCAAUUAAUGCCAUUUGCCAUAAUCGGCUCGGAAUCUUUGGUUAAAAACUUAAAAGGUGACUUAAUCAUUGGUAGAAAAUUCCCCUGGGGUAUAGCAGAAGUUGAAAACUCUUCUCAUUGCGAUUUCUUAAAACUAAGAAGCUUAUUAUUAAGAACAAAUAUGUUAGAUUUAAUCUUAUCAACCGAAGAAUUGCACUAUGAAUCAUACAGAGCCUUUAAAAUGGAAGAACAAAAAUCCCUCUCCUCAAACUCUGACUCAAACAAUGAUUCAAUUCCUCCAAUUGUUCCAACUUCAAACUCAAUUAACCAAAGAUUGCAAAAUAACCCUCUCUUUAGAAAGGAUGAAGAACAAUUGAAGAACUAUUUUACUGAAAAGGUUAAAACUGAAGAAUCAAGAUUCAGACAAUGGGAACAAAAUAUCGUCAACGAAAGAAAUAGAUUGAAUAAAGAUCUUGAAGCCGUUCAACAACAAAUUAAAGAAUUGCAAGAUCAAAUCAAAGAAUUAUCUGUCAAAAAGAAAUAAUUAUUCAUAAAUAUUAUCUAUCUUACUUUAUCUCCUCUUAUCUUAUUUUAUCGGAUCUAAUCCUACCUAUCUUUCUUGUGUUUAUUCAUUUUAAUAUCUUUUAUCAUAUUGUUUUUUUUUGUUUUUUCUCUCAUUUUUUCUCUCAUUUUUU